UUCGUGCACUGUCUGUUUAGCCAGUAGCAGUUCAGGAAAUCAAGAAUGAUCUGAAACAGGAGGUGACACGUACAAGGUUACAUUAGAAUGGUGACUACACAUUUUUAACUCCAUAUUAGUGAGAAGAGAUCACAGUGAGUGUGUAUAGGCUGAACAUGGCAGGGAAGACCUUCAAAGCCGUGAGUUGAACUGUUUGUUAAAUGUUAUCUUUGCCUUGCCCGCUAGGCUAGCUAGCAGCAUAUAGCCACAGCAAAUUCAAAUAUGCGUAUCCGUACAAUCAAAAUCGACACCUGACAUUUGAACAGUUUAUGCAUGUAUGGCUUAAAUGUAAUAAAAGUAAUAACUAGAUGUAUGUGUGCGCGCUUUGUAUGUUAAUAAUGUUGCAUAGUAUAUUGCUACAUUUUUAUUUACAGAUCACACUAGCAAGACUUCUCAUUCCAUGAAAUACUCUCUGACUCCCAGGAUAUGCGCUUUGGCAAUGAGCGUGGACACACAACAUUAAAGUCCCCUGAUGCAAUGUAUAACUUUCAUACUAAAAUCAGAGAUCGAUGUACAAUCUCGCUAAAAGACAUCAAGAGAUCGUGUGGUGUGCCCUAUUUUUGAGAUAGUGGCUUACCCUCCAUUAUUUAAGUUGUCACGUGUUUUAUUCAAUGCCAUGGAAAACGUGUGUGUUUGUGCAGGGCUGGCCCGCUCUUUAGGCAUUGAUGAGGGCAGCAUUUUCUGAGCUACACUGACCAAGACAUAAAACCUCACAUAAUUCUGCCCCAAAACAAUGUCAAUUUUUCUCAAGCAGUGGCAUAUGAGUUUUUUAGGUGAGCGCUAAUGCCGCCCUGUGAUAAGAAGUGCCCACUUUGUCAAAGUCAGGGAUGCAAAAUAUUUAUCUUGUCCAUUCCCAGCGUGCCUCUCCAGGGUGCUGUUGGAGAGAAGCAGCGCUCCACCAACAUUCCUUAAAAAUAUAUAUCUAACAUAAAUCAUGUAGCAGAUAUAGCAUAUGGUAGAAAGAGUAUGUGGCCUUUAAUGAAGCCUACAGGGUGCAGGAAAAAAAUUAUGACUAAGUAAUGACACUUUUUACAUCAUGCAGGUUUCCCUGAUCAAAUAGCCUAACCUAAAUGGCGCCCAAUCAAAUAAGAAAUGCGCGGACAUGUUAACAUAACCUAAAAACAGGACAGGUCAAAGUAAAAUGGACAAUAUGGAAUGGACAAUCAGGCUACUCACAACUGCUGUCCAGGAGUUUCAUCCCGUGGGCUAAAUGGUCAUGAUCAGUGGUUUCAAGUUUGUAUCUGUACAUUUUUUACAAGCUGAUCAUAGCGAAAAAGCGGUGCGGCGGCAAUUCUUUUGUCUCACCCUAGGGCGGCAGAACAGCCAGGACCGGCCCUAGUGUAUGUGGUCAGGGCCCUGACAUAGAAAGGCUCUAUCUGUAAAUCUAUUAGUCUGGAAACAGUUUGUCCUGUGAUAGACAGCUAAGGAAAACAACAGCGUGUUCUGGCCUAGGGAGAGUGGCCUUGAUGCAGUCCCCUCCACCAGUCUCAAUGUUGUUGUUUGUUUGUUUUUCUCUAGUUUUCUAGGGAUGAAGGUCUUUCCCAGCAAGUCUACUGUAACUGGCAAAAACAGUGGAUUAGUUUGAAGUUGAUGCUUCAAAGUGACACUGAUUGUGGUUGGUGUUUUUGUCAUUCUGUAGUUAAGGUUGUGUCGGCGUCAUUUGGCCCAGCUGGGAAGAUGUCCCCAUCCACAGCUGCAACUGUACAGAUCCUUCAGCUCACCAAGGUACUAUACUAACUACACAAGUACGCCUUGUCUGAGCCAGAAUGGUCCAUCUCCUGUUUCUAUUGUGUGAGUCAGCUUGAUGUACAAGUACACCUCCUGGACAGGACACUGAACUAUACAUGCUGUUACUUAAACACUGUAAACUUCCAGAAAGCAACUGCAAGAUGGGAGAAGACAUGGGCAUUUCAGCAACACAGUGUGUGUACUGUGUACAUUUCUUUCCGUCAGGCCAAGGAAGAGUCAAGGGUUGUUCAGGAAGAUGUUUCUGGGCUUGGUGGUGGGUGUUCCCGCGGUGGUGGGGGUCCAGUACGCCUUUGCGGAACCUCGAGAGAGACGGAAGAUGAAGAUCUUGGUGAAGGGAGUCGGUCGCUUCUGUAGGUUGGUCCCAUCAUCACAAUAAUAAUAUCACCUUCCUUUUUGCAUGUGAUCAAAUGUUUUGAAUAAUUUCCUUUGGAGUUACACUCAAACCAUGUCUCUCUCUGUCCCUACAGGUCUAUAUAUGUAGGACUCUAUAUCUCAGUAGAUUAUUGGUGGACCUCCAAUGUGACAUUAUGUGGCAUGGACGAGGUAAGUUUGACAGAAAUAUUGGGUGCGUUCCUCUGCCCAGGCAUUGCUGAAGCAUUCCAGAUAUUACAACGCCUGGAUAGGUAUUUUACGUAUCAGCUAACCACAUGUUAUAGCAAUCUGGUGCCCGACGGCACAGUCGAUGACGUGGCACGCAACCAUUGGUUGACGCAUGCAUAGUCUGAGCAGGGGAACGCGACCAUUAUGAAUUGUGACAGGCCUAAUUGUCUGUCCGUGUAUGUCUGCUAAACAAUGGCGUGAGUCGGAAACCAUCUCAGUAGUUCAGUCAGAACAAUCACAUCAUCUUCCCCUCCCGGUUUUGCCAGAGCAGCCCAUCGUUUGUGGCAGGGAUGUCGUUGUGCCACCAGAGGGCAGCAGACGGCAUGGUGGCGGGAGCGGUGCAGAACGGGGGGAUAUAUGUUAAACUGGGACAGGGCCUGUGUGCGUUCAAUCACCUGCUGCCUCCUGAGUACAUCAAGACACUGCAGGUCCUGGAGGAUAAGGCUCUCAACAGGAGAUACAAGGAGGUGAGACCUGCAGUACUUUGUCUUGUCAAACAUUGAAGAACAGUUAAUGAAGAAAUAAGAUACAAGAGGCUGUAGUGAAAGUGAUAAAAGAGCCAUUCUUGUAGUUUUGUCACAGCUUUGAAUGCCUCUUCACCAUUCAUAAUGUGAGGCUAGAACUAGCCAUUUUAUAAUGAAAAGCGUUAAGGAACAUUCUUACAUUAAAUGAUCUGUCACGUUCUACCAGGUUGAUGCUCUGUUCAUAGAGGACUUCAACACGACUCCAGACAAGAUGUUUAAGAAGUUUGACUAUGAGCCCAUCGCAGCAGCCAGUCUGGCCCAGGUCCACAAGGCAGAGCUGCAGGAUGGGACUCCUGUUGCGGUCAAAGUGAGUUCAGGUUAACUGUACAACACAUUCAGCCACAGAAUUAAUAGUAUACUGUGUAUGAUUUACACUCUUAAAUAGGGGUCACCACGACUGGUUAAACCAAACUGUACACUUUGGUUAAACCAGGCCAGGUGUAGCUCUCCUGAUUCUGAAUAAUAACCACUCUCUCUUCCCCAGGUGCAGUACAUAGACAUCCGGGAUCGGUUCAAUGGUGACAUCAGGACUCUGGAGAUCCUUCUGGAUGUUAUAAAGUUCAUGCACCCCAGCUUCGGCUUCAGAUGGGUCCUCAAGGUAAGGGCUCAAAUUUGGUAAGAAACUGUCUUACUUUUAUGGGACAUUCUCAUCAGAUAAUACCCCGCAGAGCAUGAUUAGAUACAGCCCUAGACAUUGUCCCCUAAACUAACCUAAUGUUGGCAUUCUCUGAUUUUAGGACUUGAAGGGGACAUUGGCUCAGGAGCUGGACUUUGAAAAUGAGGCCAGGAACUCUGAGAGAUGUGCAGAGGAACUGAAACACUUCAAAUUUGUUGUCGUGCCAAAAGUGUACUGGGACCAAACCAGCAAGGUGAGAGACUGCUGAAAAUCAUAAUGGCUGCAUUCAAACAUGCAGCCCAAUUUCCAUAUCUUUUGACCAAUCACAUCAGAUCUUUUUCAUCAGAUCUUUUUCUGAGCUGAUCUGAUCGGUCAAAACACUAAUUAGUGAAAAAAAUAUCCGUAUUGAGCUGCCUGUCUAAACGCAUCCUUUGAAACCUUUUUGACCACUUUUGUAUUAUUGUACUGUAAUAAACAAACCAUUUUCCUUUAGAGAGUGUUGACUGCAGAGUUCUGUGAAGGCUGCAAAAUCAACAAUUUGGAAGAAAUCAAAAGACAAGGACUUAGCUUGAGAGAUGUAAGUGUCUAUCGUGACACAAUAGAAUAACCUUUGUCUAUGAUCAUUAGUACUCAGAUAAAUGUGUAAACAGUUUUCCCUGGCUUUUCAGACUGCUGACAAGCUGAUCCGUACGUUUGCAGAGCAGAUAUUUUACACUGGCUUCAUCCACGCUGACCCUCACCCUGGCAACGGUAGAUCAGGGGGCAUGUUUACAGUUUCUACUGAACUGUUAAGAUGCUCAUUUAUUGAUUUGUGUAACUUGUACCAGGCCAGUUUACAAGAGGUUUUUCAGAGAACUUUUUAAAUAGGUCAAGUUGAUAACAACAAAUAACUGUACAGUACAACAAUAUUUGCUUAAAAUGACUUGGUGACCUUGAAUGCAUGUUAUCUGUACCAUGUCACAGUGCUUGUGAGAAGAGGUCCAGACAAGAAGGCAGAGCUAGUACUGUUGGAUCACGGCCUGUAUGAAUACCUCAGUGAAAUGUAAGGUUCAUAAGAUAAUAUGCCAUUUAGCAGACACUUUUAUCCAAAGCAACUCACAGUAGUGUGUGGAUACAUUUUACAUCCUACAACCUUGCAAUGUAGUCCUGUAUAUAUUUAAUGAUACAACUUUUACUAUCAGCUCUAACCCUUGACCUUUGGCCCUGUAGUGACAGGGUAGCGCUGUGUAAACUGUGGAGGUCCAUAGUCCUGAGAGAUGACGCUGCCAUGAAGAGGUACUCCAACAUCUUGGGGGUCAAAGGUGCGAGGACAACUGUCAUUUAAGCUCAAACUGUUUCAUUAAUUUAAGCAGAAUUCACAUGCCUUGAGCAAAUCCAGUCUCACAACAGACUAAUAAAAACCUGCUUACAAUAUCCUGAUUCCUAUCAGACUACUUCAUCUUCUCUGAGAUGCUGCUACAACGGCCAAUCAACAUGCGGAAGGUGGGCCUGUCCAACAUCCUGAGUCGUGAAGAGACAUCCUAUAUGAGGGACAUGGCUGUCAAUCACUUUGACAACAUCAUGGCCGUGCUCAAGUCCAUGCCACGCCCCAUGCUGCUGGUGUUCAGGAACAUCAACACGGUCCGCAGCAUUAACAUCACACUGGGAGCUCCGGUAGACCGAUACUGUGUCAUGGCCAAGAGGUUAGUAUAGUAUCAGCAGCAACAUCAGGCUGGGGGCUCCGGUGGACAGAUACUGUGUGAUGGCUAAGAGGUGAACAGACGACUGUUUCACAUAGCAGCAGUUGUAGGUGCUUACUAACCGGUUGUCCUGUCUCCAGCGCUGUGCAAUGCUGGGGGCGGCUCCAGGCAGAGAGGCCGGGAGUUCUUCCCAGGUUCAGGGUGUUGCGAUGGGUGCGGACCACCUGGGAGAGCCUUAAGUUCGAGUGUGCCCUGAGGUAACGAAUUAUCCUCAACACUAUACACUCAGUAACCACGUUUUUAUGCAAGUAAAGUCAUACAGUAUACAAAAAAUAAAUCACGACAGCUGUGAUUGAAAUGGGACGUUUUGGUACAAUUGUAUAAAUGGCGACAGAAUUUGUUCGUUCGACGUGGUGGGAUCUUUGUCUAUAAAAUUAACAUGAGAAAUGGCAGUGGAAACACCUUUGUGAAAAUACUGAACCAUCAUAUCGAAGUAAACUUGGAGUCACGCGAUGAUAUUGUGUGUGUGCUCUACCCACUACGACUCGGGAAAGCAUGCAGUUUAUUAGGCUACAGAUGGGAAAAAAUAUUAACUUCACAGGGUGGUGAAAGUGCACGGUGAUCUUGAUGCUCCUUUCCAAUGAAUAUCAAGGGUCCUUUUCUGGUGACAUAAUCGAUGCUUGACUGCCAUUUGACAAAUAUUCUCGCACUUAUCCAUAAAUCUCAUGUAGACUAGCCUAACCGCACUGUAUCUGCAAGCUGUUGGCUAGAGCGCAAGUGUCAAGACCAGUUUAGGCGCAUUUGCUAUUUAACAAGUUUGUGACAACUGUCAGAGUUGAAUGCGAUGGAAACACAUUGAACUUCAGACUUUUUAUUCGGUACAUGAAAACUUAAGUGAAAAAGUACAUUAUGUGUACUACAUCACAUACUGAUUUUUAUCUGCAACAAGUCAGUUUGGAAACACACCACUGGUAGGAAAAUGCAUAUUUUCUUUAUGCAGAUUAUAGAAUAUUUGCACAAAAAUCAGUUUAUUAGGUACACCCAUCUAGGACCGGGUCUGACCCACUCCCCCUUUACCUCCAGAUCACCCUGUAUUCUUCGGGACAUGGAAACGUUGCGUAAUUGGUAUCAAGGGACCUAACGUGUGCCAGGAAACAUCCCCUACACCACCGCCAACAGCCUGUACCGUUGACACCAGGCACGAUGUGGCCAUUGACUCAUGCUGCUUACCCCAAAUCCUGACUGCCAUCAGCAUAACGUAACAGGGAUUCGUCAGACCAGGCAAUUGUCCAGUGUUGGUGAUUGCGUGUUUUUAGCUGAUAUGAGUCAAACCUGGUGUGGUAGUCUGCUGCAAUGGACCAAUGAUCUGUGUGUUCCGAGAUGCCAUUCUGCACACCACUGUUGUACUGCGACAUUAUUUCCCAAUUUGUGGCCCGCCUGUUGGAAACUGUUGUGCGUGCAAAGCACAGGAGGCCAGCCUUUUCAGUGAUACUGGAACUAACAAUCAAACCCACGGUCACUCGUUUUGCCCAUUCUAAAUGUUCAAUGAACAGUAACUGGAUGCCAGUCUGCCUGCAUUAUAUACCAAGCCACGUGACUCACUGUCUGUAGGAACAAACCAUUUCUGUGAAUGGGGUGGUGUACCUCAAACUGGCCACAGUGUAUAGCAGUAGACCCUGCUGGGUAGGUCUUCAGACGUUCCCCAAAAUACAUACAAUUAGCAUUUUUAGUGACAAAGAUUUGCCUAAAACAUUAACUUCAAUCAUUGUAUCUUCCCAGGUCAGAGAUGGCGAUGAUGAGUCUGACACGAUCCCUGCUGUCUCUGUUGUCUUACUUUAACCUCAUAUCGCUGGACGAGGAAGUUUACCAAUACCUGAAGUAGAGGCUGACACCCUGACACACCAUACCUCAGCUGCAUACCUGAUACUAGUGACUCCUGUUUAAAGCUCAAGAAAUGCAACCCGUUUGACAGGAGGAUAACUACUGAAUAAGUAUUUUAAUAUCUGGAUAGAUGGGCUGCCACAAUAGUGCUAUGCAUUUCCCACAUCUACAGUACAUACCAAAUCUGCUUUGGCAGAAUGAAGAUUUAUGUACAAUUGUCUUA